GGAUGACUUUUAAUUUGAAAACCCUGGCGGAGGAUGACUUUUAAUGUGUGUGUGUUGUCGGCCCUACAACUGUAAAUUAAAGCGGAUCUGAGACUCAGGAACUACAAGUAAAACAAACACACACACAAAACAAUGUCCACUAAUGCAGCCAGUGAAGAUCCAGAGGAAGAUCCAGAGGAAGAUGAUGUUGAAUUUGUGUCUGAGGGUCCUCUUCGACCUGUUCUGGAGUGCAUCGACCUGCUGAGUGAUGGAGAGGAUGAUGCAGGAGUGUGUACGAUUGAGGAUCAGGUGGACAGACAGAAGGCCCAAACCGCUUCCACCUUGGACAGACUGGCUCGUCAGGUAGCUGUGGAGAAACAGGAGCGGGCAGAAAAGUGCAAAGCCUUUAAGGAGAAGAUGAUCUCGCAGCAAGCUCACGGCCGUCGUGAGUUGGCAGUGAGUCGAUGCAGCAAUGAGGACAGCAGUGAUGCCAAACGCUGCGUGGACAUCUGGCUGAAAAUGCCAGGAUUAACGCCUGGUAGCAUCAAUACCGGAAUGGGUUGGAGGCGCAGAUCUGCUCCCAAUCCCUUGUUAAGGUCCACCCCUCAAACCUGCCCUGUCAUUAACUGUGGACGGGUAUAUGAGAACAUCCCUCUGCUUGAAGGUCACCUUAAAAGAUUUGACCACUCUCCGUGUGACCCCACCAUCACGCUUAAGGGCAGCCCUGCUUCUGUGUACGCCUGUGUGGCCUGUGGUCGUCAUUUUGACACCAAAGAGCGUUGGAGAAUGCAUCUAGACUCACAGUUGUCGUCCACAAAUGCUGGUGGUCAUGACAGCUCUCAAACCUGCCAGUUGAUUGUUUGCUUCGCUUGCCCUGGCUGUUUCCUCCUCUUUAACAACAAAGAUGAGUGUCUCCAGCAUAUUGCAGCCAAAAACCACUUCACUCAGUCUGCCGCUCUACACGAGAUGAAGUCAUCAGGGCCAGUUCCAGUUCCACGGUAUGCAAAGAACCGGCUAAUAGCUUUAUGUAAAGAUACUGCGUUUAGAGUCAAAUGCACAGUAUGCUCAAAGGUGCUUGCUUCACACAUGGAAGCCAAGGCUCACUUCAAUGUGCACUGCAGACAGGGCUGUGCGAUUGCACAAGCUGAUCAAAGUGUGGCUGAGGUCAUGAAGCAGCUGCUAGUUUUGAGCCAGUGCUCUUCCUGCUCCAAAAUCUUCUUCUGCCAAAGACAAAUCGAGGAACACCGAGAACAAACACAGCAUGAAGUGGAGAUGAUCAACAGCAUGGAACGAGCCCUCCUAGUCUAUAGCAACUACAGCGAAAUCCGACACAGCCUCAAGGAUACCGUGAGCCACCACUCUAAACAUGGCAGCGCAACUGCAUCUUCAUCGCGUAGGGAUAAAAACGACCGUCUUUGGUCCCCUGCCAAGCGGCAGAGACUCUCCAGCUCAAGUCCUCAAGCGAAGUGUGAUGGAGCCUUGAGUCUUGCCUGGUUCUGCGAGUGUGGUCUGCAGUUCCUAGACGAGGAUCAAGCCAGUAAGCAUCUUCUCGCAGCUAACCAAAUCUUUCACAAGUGUGCCGUGUGCGGUAAGCUCAUGGGCGAAUUGUCAAUAGCUCGUUUACACAUGAGUAGGUUCCAUGGCGGUGCUCAUCUCUCGAACUUCCUUUUCCACUGCAAGCUGUGCAAAUUGGAUAUGCCACGGAUUGAGGACAUCCUGUCACAUGUAGGAGUUUCCCAUCAAGGCCACACCUACUAUGAAGAAAGAGAAAAAACAAAAGUUGAAACCUUGACUUGUUCUUCUCAGAAGCCAUCCACUAGGGUAGACAGCAGGCCUGCUGCUUUCCCUCCACGUGAUAUCCAAAGCAAGGAACGGUGGCUGUGCCGAAUGUGCGAGGACAUAUUUGACUCUGAAGCAUUGGUGCUCAAGCAUUGCAGCGAUGUAACCAGUCACAGCUUCCAGAGGUUCGCUUGUGGCCACUGUCCACAGAAGUUCUUCAAAGAGACGACCCUCCGCCGGCACUGUGCUAACGAGCACAAUAAUCAGCUGCUCCUUCGCUACUUCUGUGGACUCUGCGACAGCAUGUUGUAUGACUCUGAGCAGGAGUUCCUCGAGCACUAUGCCAGCUUGCACAGCAAGGAUUACCACCACUUGGAGAAAUUAGAGAAUGGAUCUUUUUCGGUCCCAGAGAGCUCUGACGAGAUACCGACAACGAGUAAAGGCCUUCCUCAAGUCUGUCCGUGCAUGGGCUCGCAAAAAGCCAAAGAGGAAACCAAGUCCACCUUUACAAGGUGCAUGAAGCAGCUGGCCAUAGAAGGCAAAUGUGGAUACGUAUGUCAGCAAUGCACAGCCAAGACAAGCUCUUAUGCUGAGAUGAAAACACACAUGCACUUGAAGCACGAGGCUCUGGGCAAGGACAAGAGCUUCUGUGUCGUCUGUGAGCCUUGUUCUGAGAGCCACAAGGAUGUACCCGCUUUCCACUCGCAUUACCACGCCCAUCACUGCUUAUUGGAACCGUGUAUAUCGUCUCAACGUGGUGUAUCGAGCAAGGACGAAACCUUGAUCACGAAGAUCCUGAACGCUGAGGAAAUCUCUGCUGCAAAGAAUGCUGAGGAGUUCCAGGAUGUUAAGACCGCCAUUGCUUCAAGCACCAUCUCCCAAGAUAACAAGGAUGACUUUGAUGAGGAGAUUAAACUGGCUUUGGCGUUAAGUGCUGAAGAAGCGAAGAAGCCAACAGCGUUUGACCAGGCUUUGUGUCCCUGAAAAGAGGUACCAGCAUAACCAAGAAAUCAACUUGGUAAAAUCACACUGGGCUUUUAAAGGGAAAGAGAAGCUUGGGUGAUAAGGAGCACUAUUUGAGGCCUUGUUUACACGGUGUGAUGUUUGGGGCUGUCUGAUAAGUGUCUUCAGUGUGACUGUGACUAGAAUGUAGCGCUUAGCAUUCUUUGUCUAAAGGCAGUUGUGGAAAAUGUCACAUUUCAGGCAAGUUCCUGGAACUCCGAUUGGUUGGGAAGUAGUCAUGUAUAUCCAACUGAGGGGAGAAGCCAUGGCCUAGAGCAGGGGUGUCAAACUCAAAUUCACAGGGGGCCAAAAUUAAGAACUGGGACUAAGUCGCGGGCCAAACUCAAUAUUUAUUGAAUAAUUAAUUUUUUAUUGAAUAAAACACUGUAAACAAACAAGAAAUAAAAUGUGAAAUAAAACAAAUGCAUUUCUGUUUAUACCAAAGAAAUCCAAUAGACUACCUACAUUUAAUUUAAAAAAAACUUAUUAUUUUUUUUUUUGCAGGCCAACAACCAAAAUUAUAAUAAGUGCCUUCAAUGAAAAUCAUUCAACUAUUAACAGUUCAUGGAAAACCAAUCUUUGCUAUACGGUCUGACAUGGGCUACUCGCAUUGGUUCGAGCCAGAUACUUGGCUUCUCUUCUUAGAUGCGAGCAUAUCAAUGUCUGGGGUUAAGCUCUGAGCUGAGGAAAUCCUCAGAAUUGAGUGAAGGUGCUCAUCUGAGAGGCAACUCCUGAGUGGCGUUUUGUUCAUCUUCAUCAAAGAGAACAGUUGCUCGCACAGAUAUGUGCUGCCGAACAUAGAGAGCGUUUGAGCAGCUUGCUCACGAAGUCGUGGCAUUGUUUCGGGGAGGAAACGUGGAAACUCUGCGGCACCCACAGUGUCAUACUUUGACUUGAGCGCGUCACUACAUUGGAGUUCAAUCAGUUCCAUUUGAAUGUUGGUUGGUGAGCUUUCGAUGUCAACCGUAAACGGAUUAUUGAGCAGUUGAAAUCUGUAUUUCUGGGCUUCAAAAUCGGCAAAUCGUCGGGUAAACUCGGCGCUGAGUAAGCUGAGUUUUUCAGCAAACUGUGCGGUUGGCACCGUGGCAGGCAAGAUCUGGUGUUGUAUUGCUUGGCAGCACGGAAAGUGGCCCAUAUUUCUGCCCAGCAGCUGAGUUUCCCACAGGCGCAACUUGGUCCUGAAAGCCUUGACAGCAGCAUACAUAUCUGUGAUGAUGUGGCCACGCCCCUGAAGCUGCAGGUUGAGCGCAUCAAGGUGUUUCAGGAUGUCACACAAAAAUGCCAGCUCACACAGAAAUUUUUUGUCCCUGAGGCCUGUGGUGUCUUUUCCUUUGCUCUCCAAAAACUGGCAGAUUUCCUCAUGCAGCUCAAGAAACCUGUUCAAAACUUUCCCUCGACUUAGCCAUCUCACGUCAGUGUGGUAGGGCACGUCUGUGUAUUCAGAGCCAGUUUCAUCAAGGAAGGACUUGAAUUGACGAUGAUUCAGUCCUUUGGCCCUUAUGAGGUUCACCACGCUCGUCACGGUGCUCAACACAUGCUCCAUUCGCAUGCUUUUCCCGCACAACGCUUCCUGGUGUAUGAUGCAAUGGUACACAGUAAGCUCACCUGCUGCAUGCUCCUGCAUUCUCUCCCUAACCCGGCCCACCAGUCCGCUCCUCUGUCCGCACAUCGCUGGCGCACCAUCUGUGGUCAGUGACGCGAGUUUCUCCCAAGAUAGCCCCAUUUCAUUAACACACUUGGCCACCUCUUCAAAAAUGUCCUUCCCCGUGGUUGUGCUGUGCAUCGACUUUAUUCCCAAAAGUUCCUCUGUAACGCACAGAUUAGAGUCCACUCCACGGACGAAGAUUGACAGGUGCGCAGUGUCACUUAUGUCACUGCUCUCAUCCACAGCAAGGGAAUAUGCCACGAAGUCUUUCCCCUUUUCCACCAGCUGCUCUUGCAGGUUGGUGGCGAGCUCACAUGUACGCUCAGCUAUGGUGUUUCUGCUGAGGCUUACGUUUUGAAACGCUUGUUUUUUUUCUGGGCACACGAUAUUGCACACUUUCACCAUGCAGUUUUUAACAAACUCUCCCUCUGUAAAGGGUCGGGCUGAUAUAGCGAUGUCUUGUGCAACAGUAAAACUAGCUUUGACAGCAGCAUCGCUUCGUGACUUUGCUUGGAUAAACAUAGUUUGUCUUGAAAGCAGACUUGUUUUCAACUCCUCUACCUUUUGUAGCUUGAGUUUUGCAUCCAGAUUCUUGUAUUUGUCUUCAUGUUUAGUUUCGUAGUGCCGUCUUAAAUUGUACUCUUUAGUGACAGCCACGGUAAAUCCACACACCAAGCAAACAGGUUUGUCCUUGAAUAAUAUGAACAUGUAAUCAUUCUCCCACCUAUCUUGAAAAGUCCGAUUAUCAAUCUUUCGCUUCGCCAUUUUCGAGGAAAGUUUGUCUGGUUGCAUGGAUACGAAUUUGUUUGUGAACAGAAAAGGCGGCAAUAACAAUGCAAGGCAUUUUGGGAUUUGGAGUGUUAUCGGCAUGAUACGCUGAAUGUAUAGUAUGUAGCGCCGAUGCAGCGAUGGGCCGCACUGCUGAUGUGCUGAAUAGAACACUGGCGCGCCAGCUCCAAUACGGAUGCGCUGUAUAUAAUACGCGGCGGGCCAGCUAUAAUACGGAUCUGUUUAUGACCUCGCGGGCCAAAUUUAAGUACCUCGCGGGCCAAAAUUGGCCCGCGGGCCUGAGUUUGACACCCCUGGCCUAGAGGUUAGAGAAGUAGCUUUGGGACCAAAAGGUUGCUGGUUUGAUUUCCUGGACCAGCUGGAAUGGAUGAAAUGCCCUUGAGCAAGGCACCUAACCCCCAACUGUUCACUGGGUGGGGUGUGUCAGGGUCCUGUUGUAUGUUGCUCUGGAUAAGAGCGUCUGCUGAAUGCCUAUAAUGUAAUGUAACGAUCAAGCUCAAGACCUGAAUCAGAUGUUUUUGCGAUAAACAACCAAAUUUGCAGGUUCCUGGUUUUGAACUACUCCAAUAUAGCUUUCAGCGUAUGCUUCGGGUUUUUAUCCUUUUCCACCAGAGUCUGAAGUCUGGACCAGGUUUUCUUUUGUUUUCCUGUAUUUGGCUUCAUCCCUCUACCCUCAAACCUGACCAGUUAUUUGUCCCUGCUAACGUAAGGCAUUCCUACAACAUGAUGCUACCACCAUCAUGUUUCACUUUGCUAUUGGUGUGCUUCUGAGGGUAACUGCUUGCACCAGGACUAAUUUAAGGGGUUCACAGUAACAGGGUGAAUACUGUAUCAAUAUCAAUAACCAUUUUAUGUUUUUAUGUGUAAAUAUUUUUGCCAUCUGUAGUGACACCACCACCCCCGGCAGCAUUAAUAUCAUGAGCUAUUUUGUGUAGAUUCAUGACAUAUAGUCCUAAUUAAGUCUGUUUCAGUACUAGGUUGUAAUAAAAAUGUGUUAAAAUUCAAGAGUUGCAAGCCAUGGUAGAAAGUGCGAAUGACAGACUUGCUUGACUAAUCAUAGAAAAACUACUUGCAAACAGUAUAAACUUCUUCUAUUUUCCACCAAGGCUUAGUGGUAUGUCAGCAAUUUUUUAAUAAUUGCACAUCUUCGGAUCUCUAGAUAGAAAGUGGACAGAACUAUUUAUAUUAUAUGGACACGAGUGUUUUCCUGGGAAAUACACCACUCAUAUUUUUCAUACGUGCUACAUCCGGGACAUGCAGAACCAAAACCAUAACCUAGAUCUCUAUAUGUCACUCGAUGAUUUGUUUUGAUAAAUUUGUGUACUUUUUGUUUGUGUUUUUUUUUUUUUUUUUUUUAAUUAGAUAGAAAAUCACACGUUAGCUUGAAGAUAUGAAGUUUACCUUCUCGUGUUGAAAAACUCACAUUUUUCAUCCAAAAUACAUCACGGAUCUGAGUGACAUAUUUAAAUAAUAUUGGCUGGCAUUGAGUGGUAUAUCAGAUAUAUUCCAUUCAGCUAGCAUGAUACUGAAUGAGGCAAAGGCGAGUUCAAUAUCACGCUAGCCAAAUGGAAUAUAUCUGAUAUACCAUGACAAAAAAAACGCUAUUAUCUCAUCUCAUCUCAUUAUCUCUAGCCGCUGUAUCCUUCUACAGGGUUGCAGGCAAGCUGGAGCCUAUCCCAGCUGACUACGGGCGAAAGGCGGGGUACACCCUGGACAAGUCGCCAGGUCAUCACAGGGC